AUGACGACAAUGGAUACUCCUAACUUCAGUCACGUAAACGGGUUAAAUCUCUCCGGUAAUGUGAUUGGCGGUUUGCAUUUAGAAACGACUCUGGAUAUAUUUUUCCAGCCCGAACAUGUUUUGAUAACCCUAUACGUUCCGGUCAUAUUGUUGUCCUUCAUAGCGAACAUUCUUCUAAUAGUCGUUGCAAUUAAAUGCAAUUACACAAAAAAUGUCACAGAUAUAUUCCUGGUGAAUCUGUCGGCGGCAGACCUACUCGUGACUGGCAUUUGUAUGCCGAUCCAACUGAGCAAGGCCAUUACCCUCGUUUGGUUCUACGGAGAGACUGUUUGCAAGAUUGUUAAUUACAUUCAAGGUGUGGCAGUGGCGGCUAGCGUGUUCACGAUCUCUGCGAUGUCAGUGGACCGUUGGCUGUCCAUUACUCCAGAACCUCGUCUUCGGCCGCCAGGCAGGAAACAGGCGACGCUGCUCCUCAUGCUACUUUGGAUCGCUGCACUGCUUAUCUUCAUUCCAACGUCUCUAGUAGCGGGUGUGCGAAAGGAAACCAUUCCUAUAAUAUCCAAAGGAGAUAAGAACAUUUCAAUAGAAACCAGAGAUAUCCAUUUCUGCAUUGAGGAAUGGCCUUCACCGGAGACCAGGAAGCAGUAUGGAAUGUUCAGUUUCACUCUAGUCUACGCAAUACCAGGUUCCAUAACCAUAAUGUCGUACGCGUGUAUGGGACGGACUCUAUGUUCGGUGCGACCGCCAUUUGACAUAGACGAGGGUAACGUCAGCAUGCAACAGGGUCUACGGCUGAUGAAGGAGAGGAAGCGUGUCGCUUGGAUUCUUCUUCUGCUAGCGGUUCUAUUCGCUCUCUGUUGGAUGCCGUAUAACAUCAUGCAGCUUCUCCUGGACGUCAGUGUUGUCAACGCGAAAGAUUUGAGCGCUUAUUUACCGUAUGCUUUAUUCUUGGGUCACGCGAAUUCAGCCAUAAACCCCAUCGUGUAUUGUUUCAUGACGAGGAAAUUCCAGAGAUCGGUUAAGAAGUUGCUGUGCGGGAGACCGUUGUGUCAGCAGGCCAAGUUUACGUGGCGAUGUAAUCAGAAACCGGAGGGAUCUUCAAGUGAUUAUGAAUUAUACCACGAGCCGCAUAAACGGUGCUAUCUACAGAUGAACACUCUUCGAUACAACGGACAUUACUCGGCGCAGGUCCCACGUGGGAUCGAGACACGUGCCCAAACGACCCAGUUGAGCCACGUGACCCGCUCUUCCCGACGCACCGCACCCGCCCACGCGCUCUCAGCAGAAAUGCUCCAAAGGCACGGCCAUAUCGAUUACAGACGUUGA